AUGACAUGGCUCUCCUUGGUCACUCUAUGCUUUCUUUACAAUGCAUUCUGUAUACCACUUCGAUCCAGUUAUCCGUAUCAGACAACUGAAAAUUGGAUUUAUUGGUUCAUGGUUGAUUACAUUUGUGAUGCGGUUUAUAUUAUCGAUAUGUUGAUUAUCAAACCAAGACUUCGAUUCACGAGAGGAGGCAUUCAAGUGAAAACCCUAGCAGAUACUCAAAAACACUACCUGAUGACUCGAACACUAAAACUCGACAUUUUGAGUAUUCUUCCGACGGAUUUCGUGUAUUUUGCAGUUGGAAAGAAGCCCAUCUAUAGAAUGAAUCGUGUUUUGAAAAUAAAUUCGUUCUGGUUGUUAUUCGACAUGCUUGAUAACUCUUUUGCCAAUCCAUAUGCUAUCAGAAUCGCUCGCACACUUUCUUACAUGAUUUAUAUAAUUCAUUGUAACAGUUGUGUUUAUUAUAAACUCUCUGCAAUGCAAGCAUUCGGACAAAUCGCCUAUCUGGAAAAUGGAAAGUGGUAUUUGAACAAAUGGGUUUACAAUAAUCAAGGCAACGCCUACAUCCGUUGCUUCUAUUUUACUGCAGCAGUAGCCACAUCAACAGGAAAUAACCCAGCACCGACUAACGUUAUUGAAUACAUCUACAUGACAUGUUCUUGGAUGAUGGGAGUGUUUGUAUUCGCUUUGCUUCUCGGUCAGAUUCGAGAUAUCGUAUCCAAUGCGAACAGGAAUCGAGAAGAAUUCCAGAGAAAAAUGGAUUUAGCACUCGGCGAAUGUCUGAAACAAGAAACGACAAAUCGAGUUCGUGACUGGUUCAUCUACACGUGGCAACAACAGAAAACUCUUGAUGAGAAGAAAUUGAUAGAGAAACUUCCAUUGAAACUGCAAACCGAUUUGGCUUUAUCCGUCCAUUACACUACGUUGAGCAAAGUUCAACUGUUUCAAGACUGCGAUCGGGCUCUUUUGAGAGAUUUGGUUUUGAAAUUGAGACCAGUUAUCUUUUUGCCUGGAGAUAUGAUUUGUUUGAAGGGAGAUGUCGGAAAAGAAAUGUACAUCAUAAACCAAGGAAUUCUUCAAGUUGUCGGAGGAGAUCACAAUGAAAAAGUGUUUGCCGAAUUGAUGCAAGGAGCUGUAUUCGGAGAGAUUAGUUUAUUGGCAAUUGGUGGAAAUAACAGAAGAACAGCGUCUAUUCGUGCAAAGGGAUACUGUACCCUUUUCGUUUUGGCGAAGGAAGAUUUGAAUGACGUCAUCAGGUAUUAUCCACAGGCACAGGCUAUUUUGAGGAGGAAAGCAGCGGCAAUGUUGAAAAAUGAUAAGAAGAGUGAUGAGAAGACGGAGAAGAUCAAGCAGCAGGCGGAGUUGGAGGACAGGUGUAAGAUUAAUCCACGACAAGUUCCCAAGUUGAUUACGCUGAUCGCGAACAUGGAGGAAAUGAAUGAAAACAAAGGAGUAAGAGACUUGAAGAAGGCAAUCGAAGAGGAAACAGACAAAUCCCGACGCCAAUCAAUCUACUAUCCAUGGAGUACACUUCAAAGAGACGAUGAGGAUGAAGAAGAGUGGAAUGAAGAAGAUUUAUCAUCUGUUGGAGAGGAUACUGAUAUUGAACCAAUGGAAAAUCAUGAAGGGCCAAUGGAUGAUGACGUGGAUCCCAUGGAAGACAUUGAUCUGGCAGCAGAAGUGUCUCAUUCAGAUGAAGAUGACGAUUGGGAGAAGCCUGGAUCAUCGGGAACCAAGAAGUUGCAUGCUGACUAA